GCGAGAGUCAGAGGAGACUGCAGGAGAAGAGGUCCUCAUGUGGAGCACACCAGAUGCACUGAUGACAAGCAAGAGACUUUUUUACUCCUUCCUCGCGGUGACAAAAGCACCUGAUGCUUCAGCCUAAUCUGGUCACCUGGGACUCGACACACACACACUGCCAGAAUGGCAUCUGACCAGCCUGCCCUGAGCGAGCAGGAGGAGCUACAGAGACGAGCCAAUCAGGUGACAGAUGAAUCGCUGGAGAGCACACGCAGGAUGAUGCAGCUGGUGGAGGAGAGCAAAGAUGCUGGCAUUCGAGCGUUGGUCAUGUUGGAUGAACAAGGAGAGCAAUUGGAGCGCAUCGAAGAAGGUUUGGAUCAAAUCAACUCGGACAUGAAAGAAGCUGAGAAGAACCUGACUGACUUGGGAAAGUGCUGCGGCCUCUGUGCUUGUGACAAACUCAAGGCCUUUGAAGAAAGCGGCGCUUACAAGGCGGUUUGGGGCGGAGCCUCUGGACAAGACGGUGUGGUGUCCAAUCAGCCACCCUCGUCUCGAGUGGUGGAUGAGAGGGAGCAAAUGAUCAUGAGUGGCGGACACAUUCGAAGAGUGACCAACGACGCCCGCGAGGACGAGAUGGAAGACAACCUGGCUCACGUGGGCAGCAUCAUGGGGAAUCUGAAGAGCAUGGCGUUGGACAUGGGCAGUGAGAUUGACACGCAGAAUGUCCAGAUGGAACGCAUUCAAGGGAAGGCCAUUCUCAACGUGUCGCGCAUCGAUGCCGCCAACCAGAAAGCCAACAACCUUAUGAAGCAAUAAGACGCCUUCGCCAAGCGAGCAACACGUAUGGACGCACCUGGACGUCACUAAAGGCCCAGCUGAGGUAGAGCAACACAAAGACGCUAGAUUGAUUUUCCGUUUGCCCUGACUGUAAGGUACGGUGGCCCUCACAGCAAACACUUGGCAACGUCCAAAUGCGGAAAUCAUCUGUGUAUAAAAAACACAUGAAGACCAUAAAACACAUUAAAAGGAAAAAUGCUGCAAAGUCGCAACACACACUCAAACCCCCAAAACAACUGCAUGAGAGUAAUGCUGCAAGCUCACGGAACAAAACGGAAGUUACGCAGGCUACCAGCGCAGCCAGACCUGAGGGACGUCCGUCUUUAAACACAUGAUGCCCAGAAGAAAGUUGGCUGACUUUUAAAGAGAUGGAAUGAAAUGGCACAUUUCUUUUGAGUACGUAUAAGUGAGUAUGGUUGCUCAAAAACGUUGUCUUUUGUUCACAUUGGGGCUGUCUUCGACUAAGGAUUUUCAUAGUCUAAUCUUAUUUGUUAGAUUUUGUCCAUAGUCAACUAGUAGUGGAAUAUGGUUUUCUUUGUUUUUUAAGAGCACCCCCUAAUGGCGAUCCCUACAAAUAAACAGAUCUCAAUUGCGACUUUUUCAAUCUGAAAGAAAAAGGCUAAAACACUCAGAUGAACAAACAUGAUUGAUGUGCAACAACUGUACCUGUAUUUUUAUUUAUUUAGAGACACAAACAGCAGUUCACAUAGGUGCACAGUCCUCUGCCUCUUGUCUUGCCUGUUUCAGCCGCUGUUCUAUCAGUCCUAAGUGUGUUGAGGUCAGCUAGCUCAAUAGCAUUGUCAUGUCUCAGUGAAAGUUAUGACGUUGCAGUCCAAAAGCCUCUUACUGUGGGUGAUGUGGAGUCAUCCAUUUUAUUCACCAAAGACUGCACAUUAGCAAAGAAAAUUCAAGAGAUUCAAGAUUCAAGAUUCAAGAGAGUUUUAUUGUCAUGUGCAUGGUAAAACAGCGGUAAUACCAUGCAAUGAAAAUCUUAUUCUGUUCAUUCUCCCAAGAAAAGAAAGAAAACACAAGAAAGAAUAAGAACAUAAGAAACAUAAACAUAUAUACCAAUAAAUUAAGCAGCAACAAAAAGAAGAGACAUUCAUACAAAUAAAUAUACAAAUAAAUAAGUAAUAAAUAAAUAAAGUGCUAUGAGUGUGUGUUGCGUGCGGCGUGUGUGAGUGCUUCGUUGAGAAGCCUGAUGGCCUGUGGGUAAAAGCUAUUUGCCAGCCUUGUGGUCCUGGACUUCAAACUCCUGUAGCGUCUGCCUGACGGUAGGAGUGUGAAUGAUGAGUGUUGUGGAUGUGUGCUGUCCUUGAUGAGGUUGUUUGUUCUGCGUAGGACUCUGGUUUUAUAAAUGUCUUGCAGUGAGGGGAGGGCUGCCCCAACAAUGUUCUGUGAGGUCUUGAUCACCCGCUGGAGUGCCUUCCUAUCACGUGUUGUACAGUUACCGUACCAAACAGUGAUGGAGGCGGUAAGGACACUUUCGAUCUGUAGAAGCAACUCAGGAUUGUGGUGGGCAUGCCAAAUUUCCUCAGUCUUCUCAGGAAGUACAGUCUCCUUUGGGACUUCUUCAUAAUUUGUUGGGUGUUGUGAGACCAGGUGAGGUCCUCGCUGAUGUGUGUGCCAAGGAACUUGAAGGUUUUCACCCUCUCCACCUCAGUCUCAUCAAUAAACAGGGGUCUAUGCGGCUUCUUUUCCCUUGUUCUUGGGUCAAUGAUCAUCUCUUUAGUCUUAUCUGUAUUGAGAAGGAGAUUGUUAGCACGACACCAAGCUAUGAGGUCCGCCACCUCUCUUCUGUAUGAUGUUUCAACACCACCAGUGAUCAGUCCGAUGACUGUAGUGUCAUCCGCAAAUUUAAUGAUGCUGGUGUUGUUCUGGGAGGCCACGCAAUCGUAGGUGAAGAGCGUGUAGAGGAGCGGACUCAGCACACACCCCUGUGGGGUCCCAGUGCUCACAAUUCUUGAGCUGGAUGUGCGGUUGUGGACUCUGACUGACUGGGGUCUGCCUGUGAGAAAGUUAAACACCCAGUUACAGAGGGAGGGUGACAGGCCAAGUGUGAGGAGCUUAUUUGUGAGUUUGUGGGGGCAGACUGUAUUAAAUGCAGAGCUAUAGUCUAUAAAUAGCAUUCUGACAUAUGUGUCCUGGCCCUGUAGGUGAGAAAGGGCUGUAUGGAUGGCAGUGUUGACUGCAUCAUCCGUGGACCGGUUCUGGCGAUAUGCAAACUGUAGAGGGUCCACAGUUGCCACCGGGAUGCUCUUUUUGAUGUGGGUCAUGACUAUUCUUUCAAAGCACUUCAUAACAAUAGGAGUGAGUGCUAUAGGGCGAUAGUCAUUCAAGCAGGUCACGUUGCUCUUCUUGGGUACGGGCACUAUGGUGGUGGACUUAAAGCAGGUCGGUACAUAGGCUUGUGCAAGCGACAGGUUAAAUAUGUCAGCAAGCACAUCAGCUAGCUCUGAUGAGCAAACCCGAAGUGCACGUCCUGAGAUGUUGUCUGGGCCUGCUGCUUUUCGUGGGUUUGUUUUGUUCAGAACCCUGCGCACAUCAGCUGAUGUCACCAUGAGAGGUGAGUCCUGUGUGCUCCCCAGGUUCAGCCACCCUCUCUGCUCAUCAGGAGUUUGGGUGUUAAAGCGGGCAUAGAACUCAUUCAGCUCAUCUGGAAGUGUGGUUUGGCUGGACGUGGCUACGCUACUCCGCUGUCGAUAGUCUGUGAUGUGCUGGAGCCCCGCCCACACGCGCCGAGGGUCUGAGGUGGAAUAGUAGCCCUCCAGCUUCUGUCUGUACUGUUUUUUGGCCUCUCGUAUGGACCUUCUCAGGUCAUAUCUGGCCUUUGAUGCUCGGUAAGGAGAGUCUGUGAUUGAACUUAGCUCGUAUUCGCUCCUACCUUGCCUUUGUUUACGUUCUCGAUGACACUUGCAAGCGCUUCUCCCGGCUGGGUGGUGUGUGUGUAGACUGCGGUACUCUGGCGAGCUCAGGGACAAGUCCUUUAGCAGGACGGAGUAGAAGAUCGGUGAUAAAAACGUCGGUGAUGUGAAAUCCAAUAUCCAAAAGCUCUUGUCAAGAAUAAGAUGUUAAACCAGACCCAAUAUGAACAAAAUAAUAACUACAAAACUGCAAAUCUGGAAGAGACGCUGGGCUUCACGUUGUGUACCUGCCGCCAUCUUGCGUAAGUAUAGGUUUUCUGUUAAACACACACGCCAUUUUCAGUUCUUUAUUAGCACUAAUUAGGCUAUUUAUAACAAAAACAAGGACAUUCUAUGUAAAAAUGUAUGCUCAGCAGCAGCCGUGGGCACCACCCAUGGUACAAUCUUGAUCACAUGACAUUUUCAUAUGAUUUGACUUUGAGAUUGAUAGUCGAGUCAGACUCCUCCAAAUCAAAUUGUCAAAGGGUUGACUAUUCUAAGACACCGCUAGUUCACUUUGUGCCUUUUUAGCAGUGCCGCAGUUUCUGAAAGUAUGAGACAAAGGGACAUAGCGAAGAACGAGUAUAAAUGGGUGGAAAGCUCUAAUUUCGCUGUCCACUUUGCUCUGCUUAGAGUGCCAUGUGAUUUUAUGUAUUUUUAUGUUGUCUCCAGUUCACUCGUGUCUCUGUCCUGUCUCUCUGUAUCUGUCUUCUUACCCCAAAUCUCUCACGCGUCUCGCUUUUUUUGUGUCUUUCUUCUUUCGCCGAAUUCCUCACUCAUCUCGCUGUCCACUCACUCCAUAUGUCUCAUUAGUUUCUCCGUUCUCUCGCUCCUUAUAUCUUCUUUCCCCGAAUCUCUCACUCUGUAUGUCUCACUCGUCUCUCUGUUCUCUCUGUCUCGCCCUUCUUUGCCCGAAUCUCUUGCUUGUCUCUCUGUCCUCUUUCUCCAUAUCGCUCACUCGGUAUCUUUCUUCUUUCCCUGAAUCUCUCACUCCAUCUCUCUGUCCUCUCUUUCCGUAGCUUUCCUCUUUCCCUUAAUCUCUCACUCAUCUCUCUCUCCGUAUCGCUCACUCAUCUCUCUGUCCCCCCCUUCUUCUUUCCCCGAAUAGCUCACUCGUUUUUCUCUUCUUUCUCAUAAGCGUAAGUCCAACUCCCCCGGUAGCCUGGCAACCUUCCAUUUUGUCCCAUGAAAUUACAGAAUUUCCCUCAUGAAGUUGUUUUUGUGUGUUAUGCAACAUUUUUCUUUUGUAUUUGUUUUUUAUGAGCAUGCAUUUAUGUGACUACAGCAUUUCGACGUUGCAUUUGCUUUAUGGUGUUUGUGUGUUUUUGGUUUUGGAUCAUUUCUGUGUUUAGACCGUUUGGACAUUGCUGCAUGUUUGCUCCUAUCUGCCACUGUACAUUUGCUGAUAAACAGACAUUUAUGAACAAAUGGGACAUCCACCAUGAGCCGUCUACUGUACAUGCGAACAUGGAGAAGAAAACACUACCACGAUGGUACCCUCUGCUGGUGUACUGCGGUAUCGUCCACAAGAAUGAUGUACACUGCUGUAUUUACAUUGAAAGCAAAUGUGGCGACACCAAGCGGACAUAGGCUGAAACUGCCCUUUGCUCGUCUCCAUCUUUACUGCGUCUGAGUAGAAAAUGGAGGAGACGAUUGAAGAUGUCUGCUUGUAGAGCUCAGUGCAUCACAAGCACAACUGAAAGAUAACAUUGAUCCAAUAAACUAUACAGCGUGUUGUGUGUGUGUUUGAUAGUAAUGGAAUGAAAUGAAAGUCGCCUUUGGUGAGUACCUUAAUAUUAUUAGGAAUAAACAUGAACAACAUGAGCAGGUCCAUAUCUGUGUUGUUGCCAGAAGUGGUCUAUAUUGUGGUACACAGUGGGAUACAAGUGUAUAUGUUGUGUUGUGGAAGCAUGGGCUUUCAAUAAAAUAACUAUGGGAUUAAAAGGAAAAUGAUACAACUGGAUGAACGUAAAUGACAAAGAAUGGUAGACUACAGUUGAUAACGGGAGUUUUCAGAAUUGGCUGUUUGAGUGCUUAAACACUUCUGAGAAGCACGCCUGUCAGUACCCGGAUGUUGCACUCAACACCCAGAUGGUGAAU